AUGGCCACUCCAACCAAAGAAAAGAGUAACCGCCUCAGUGACGCCGAGAUUCUAUCCGACCUUCAAACGUACAAGCCCGUCACAGAUUCAGACACCCGCAACGUCUGGGCCUUCUGGGACAAAGGCCUAUCCAACAGCCCCGAAUGGAACCAGCGCAAUGUCAUUAGCUGGGUUCGACGGCUCAGUCCCAAAUGGACAGUCCGAGUCUUAGACCUCGUCAAGGGCUCGCCCAACCAUGUGUCCCAGUAUAUUCCCCGCGAAAUGCUCCCAGAUGUCCUCUGGAAUCGAACAAUGACCGGCCCUCAUGUAGGACAGCAUAGCUCUGACCUUAUCCGCCUGCCGCUGCUCUACCUCUAUGGCGGAGUGUGGCUUGACGUCGGGAUGCUUCUGUUCCGGUCGCUGGACGCCCUGUGCUGGAAUGCCCUGGAAGAUCCCGAGACUCCGUACGAGGUGGCGGCGUUCAAGGUCUCCAUGGGCCCCGAGAUCUCCUUCUUGUUCAAUGGGUUCAUUGCGGCGCGGCGGGGAAGUCUCUGCAUCAAGUAUUGGCUUGAGAUUUUCCGCACGCUGUGGGAUGGAGCAACGAGCUGUGCGGGGAUGCAUUCACACCCGCUGCUGGCGCAUCUGCCGGUCUAUGAACCACCCUCGUUGAACGGAAAGCGCCCACCGUUCAUGUAUGCGCAGUUUGCAGAUUACCUUGCCCAGGUCUUUUGUCUGGAACGGCUUAGGCAUCUGGUUGAUUCCAAAACGAGAUGGGACGGACCAAAGUUCUUUGAAGAGAAGGUUUUGCUAUUUGAAUGUGUGACAGAAGCGUACUGGGCGCAGAGAUUGACGGACUGGAACGGGAGGAAGCAGUAUGAGUUGUUGAACCUGCCACGUGGGGAGGACAGUUUGGACAAUGAGGGGGCUAAGGAGGCUGAGGCACUUGUCCAAGGUGUGCUGAGCAUGUCCUCGACAAUGAAGGUGUCGCAUGGCCUUGUUACUGCAGGCCGAGAGUAUUUAGCUGAGAUAUGGGACAAUCCGGAGAACCAUGACGCGGAUAUCAGACCAGGGACGUUUGCAGCGUACUUACGAGAGGCCAGCGAGACGUUUGAGCAGACAAAAGAGCUGGUGCCGCUUAAGAUGCCUGUGAUCGAGAAGGCGCUGCUUCGGGCGGGAAUCACAGAGGUGGCUGGAUAG